UACCAGUAUGAACGAGCGGGUGAACCGAACAGAAAGACAGUUUCGAUCACUUCCGGAUAAUCAGCAGAAACUUCUUCCUCAGUUUCUUCUUCACUUGGACAAGAUCCGGAAAUGCGUUGAUCAUAAUCAGGAAAUACUACUGACCAUUGUGAAUGAUUGCAUACAUAUGUUUGAAAAUAAAGAAUAUGGAGAAGAUGGCAAUGGAAAGAUCAUGCCAGCAUCUACAUUUGACAUGGAUAAGUUAAAAUCUACAUUGAAACAGUUUGUGAGAGACUGGAGUGAAACUGGGAAAGCAGAAAGGGAUGCCUGCUACCAGCCAAUCAUUACAGAAAUUUUAAAAAAUUUUCCAAAAGAAAAAUGGGAUCCUUCUAAAGUAAAUGUUCUGGUACCUGGUGCUGGACUAGGAAGACUGGCCUGGGAAAUAGCUAUGCUAGGUUAUGCUUGUCAAGGAAAUGAAUGGAGUUUUUUUAUGCUCUUUUCUUCCAACUUUGUACUCAACAGAUGUUCUGAAAUUAAUAAAUAUAAACUUUAUCCCUGGAUCCAUCAGUUUAGCAAUAACCGGAAAUCUGCUGAUCAGAUUCGACCUAUCUUUUUCCCUGAUGUUGACCCCCACAGUCUUCCUCCUGGUUCUAACUUUUCUAUGACAGCAGGAGAUUUUCAGGAGAUUUAUUCAGAAUGCAAUACCUGGGACUGUAUUGCCACCUGUUUCUUCAUAGACACAGCUCACAAUGUAAUUGAUUAUAUUGAUACAAUAUGGAAAAUACUCAAGCCAGGUGGAAUUUGGAUAAAUCUUGGUCCUCUGUUGUACCACUUUGAAAAUUUGGCAAAUGAACUAUCCAUAGAAUUGAGCUAUGAGGACAUAAAAAAUGUUGUUCUGCAAUAUGGAUUCCAGGUAGAGGUGGAAAAAGAAUCUGUAUUAUCAACGUAUACUGUGAAUGAUCUCUCUAUGAUGAAAUACUACUAUGAAUGUGUCUUGUUUGUGGUCCGUAAGCCACAAUGAUGAUUUUAAAUGAUAUCACCUGGGAAAAAAAUUUAAUAAGAUCAAAUACUGAAAUAAACAACUCAAAAUCAACUAUCAGUGACAACAGGACACAACCUCAAAUCAGUGGUGCCUUCUUAUUCCUAACAAAAUUUAGAAAUAAUAGUGUCUAUUUUCUUAAUAAUGUGUAUUGCUUUUUUCAGAGAUAUACUAUGCCAUGCAGAUUUGUACUACACAAUUAAAAAUGGAGGAAAUAUCUUGAACUUCACUGAAGCCCAGAAUUGUCUUUCAAUAGAAAAAAAACUUAAAACUCCAGUGUCUUCAUGAAACUAUCUCUUGCAAGUCUGCCAUAUUAAUGACUGACAGUAUUGAAUUCCAUAAUGAUUUUCUUUAUGUUUUAUAUGCAUUGCACCUGUUACUUUAGAAGAGUGUAAGGAUCUUCUAUUACAUUCAUUUGGAAUUGGGACUUUUGUUUAUUUUGGACCUAAGAAGUCUGUACAUAAAAUGAGUAUUCUUUCAUCAUUCAAAAUAGUUGAUUUUAUUUUUUCUAGCUCAGCUGAAUUUAGAGAGGCAUCAAAAUUUCAUUUUUAAUGAUGUUAAGUUUAAUUGUAUCACAGGUCAGUUAAAAUGCAGUCAGGCAACUGAGAAAUUAAGUCUUUUGGCCACACUAAACUGAACACUAUGAAGGCAAACUCAACAUGGUUCAUUUUAAAAUGUAUAAAAUCUCAGUAUUCUAAAUAAGGAAUGAAAGCCUUUUUAAAAAGAAGUUCUAGGAAACUGGAAAAAUAUAAAUAAAAUCUGUCCAUUUAAAAUACAUCAUUUCAAACUAGAAUGAAUACGGAGUUUGUUAGUGUGAUGUUUACAAUAAUGUCUGUGUGGAUUAUGAAAGCAAGCACUUUCUUUUUAGUUAAAACAAUUAUAUAUUAAUAAAAACUCAUAGUAUUAAUGUGGUAAAUUUUAAAUAUGAAAUUCAGGGAUAAAUUACUGCCAUGAUUUCUGUCUUCAGUAUCUUAAGCAGCAUCCAUCCAUGUGAUUUCGGAUUGUUAACAAUUUUGCUCCCUGAUAGAUGAAGCUUAAGUAGUAUGUAUGCUGCUUUAAAUUUCUACCUCAGGCAGAUUUUUACUGGAAAGAAUUUUCCUUUUUUUUUUUUUUUUUUUUUUUUUUUUUUUUUUUUUUUUUAAUAUUCUGUUUCCAGUAGAUUGGAAAGCAGAGAUGACUAAUAUUUAACCUUUUCUUGGAGAAAAGAAAGGAUUCUUUUAUACCUUCACAGGUUGUGAUUGCUUUAAGUGACCUCUUGUAAUUCAGGACUAGAUAGACUUAAUAAUGUGCUGGUAGUAUGAAUAUCACAUUUUAACAGGAAAACCUGUCUUCAGACUUUUGUUGUGAAUUAGGUUAUGGAAGUCACUACCAGGGAAUUUAGCUUUAGGAUUUGAGGGCAGGAUGGAUUUCACAAACAGUGAGGGAGCUUUGGUGAUCUUUACCACAAUUAUGCAGUAGAGGGUUCAAAGAGUUCAUUACAGUGUCACACUAGGGAAGUUUCUGAAGUUUUGUGUUUUAAUUCUUUCUUGCUCUGUGACCCUCAGUACUUGACAGAUGUUCAUUUGAUGGGAAUACUCAUUACCUAUGUGAAUGAACUUGAAAUAAAUUGCAAGGGGACAAAAAAAACACCUAAAAUUACUUUAAGAAAAUGUAAAGGUAAAGGAGCAUAAGUACUUUUCUUAAAGUCCAUUAAAUAGCAAGGAAUGCAUGCUGUGUUCAAGUAAUUUAGAAAUGCUUUUUACUCACUGGCUAGUAUUUACUUUUUUACAACUUGUAUCAAAACAGAUGAUCUUUGUUUUUCUCACAAAGGCAAAAACAGACUGACACUGGUAAGUUGGUUUUAUUACCUAAAAUUACCUAAUGAUGUUACUUAUAUUUCUAAAUUACAGCAUAUAUUUUAGUUAACUCUAAAAUCUGUUGUUUUUAACGUCCCUCUUAAUAUUUUUAAAUGUUCUGUACAAAUUUGCACCACUUUUUCUUAUAACUCUUUCAGUUAAUACACUCUAACUUGAAAAUGUGUUAUCAGUCAGUAGUAGAAGUGUCACUGGAAGAUUUAAUUUUGCAUUUCUUAAGUUUAAUUCUAGCUACUAAAGUGUGUAACUUUUUUUCUUAAAUUAACUCUAUACACAGAUGUUUUCCUUUUC